GUCAGUUUCAUUCCCCGACCAAGAACCACGACAUGUCUUGUCAGAAUCAUGAACGUAAAAGGAUGAUCUAUCAAAUCUGGCCCGGAAAAAAUAAAUUCUUAUGCGGGGGAAGACUAGUGUUUGGUCGAGACGCAUCUUCACUUCUUCUGACUACAUGCAUGAUAGGAGGCCCAGCUAUCACUUUCUGCAUCAGAAUAGCUUUCUUGAUCGGAGAUCGCCGCCCUUUAUUCCAUUCUCUGGUUAUGAUUCCUGCACUUCUUCUCACAAUCAUGGACUUCGCAUUUCUCUUCUUGACAUCAACCAGAGACCCUGGUAUCAUCCCAAGGAACAGAGAAGCUCCCUCUGAGGUUAUCCCACAAUCACUUGAAUGGGCGAGAAACAAAGUAAAACUACCUCAAACGAAAGAUGUAAUGGUGAAUGGCUUCACCGUCAAGGUUAAGUUCUGCGGUACCUGUAAGCUGUACCGUCCUCCUCGCGCCUCUCACUGCUCAAUCUGUAACAACUGUGUCCAAAAGUUUGAUCAUCAUUGUCCAUGGGUUGGUCAGUGCAUCGCCUUGCGUAACUAUCCGUUCUACGUGUGUUUCUUGUCAUGUUCAACACUCCUCUGCAUCUACGUAUUAGUCUUCUCAUUGGUCAGCAUGCUUGAAGUCCAUGGCCAAUUCUAUGUCCUCAUCGCUGAUGACUUGAUAUUAGGUGUUCUUGCUCUUUACUGCUUUGUUGCCGUCUGGUUUGUUGGUGGACUCACUGUCUUCCACUUCUACCUAAUCUGUACUAACCAGACGACAAGUGAGAGUUUCCGGUGCCAUUAUGAUAAAAAGGAGAACCCUUACCGAAAGGGCGUCUUAAAGAGCUUCAAGGAGGUGUUCUUGGCUGAAAUCCCACCACCUUUAAUCAAUUUUAGAGAUUGGGCGCAAGAAGAUGAUGUGGAGGUGGGUUCUAUUGCCGCAGAGGUGGUCAGAGCCUUUGGGUCUCGAGACAUGGAAAUGAGCAGUAGCAAACCAGAUAAUGGUAGCUGCAGUUUACGCCUUCAGAAGCUGGAGUACAAAAGUAACAUUGAUGCAAGUGUCAAGAAGAUAAGUGUAGAUGAAGGCGCUGCAUGGAUUGACACGGUUUAACAAGGACCAGGGAAUUUAAAGAGAAACUCGAGCAUGGAUGUGAGAUCAAGAUAGAGCAAAACAAAACAAAGAGUUGUAAUUCAAAGCCAUGUACCUUUGUCUUUUCUCGUCAAAAUUGACAUUUAAACCUUUUCACAUUUAUAACAAGAGUUUAGUGUAUAUAGUUGCUUUCCUGCGUGGUAAUUCAAUUUGGUGUAUUUCAUUGGUUAGU